GCGGAAGUAAACAAAAGUGCUAACUAGGCUGACCUCGGGUCUGCGUUUUUCUUCCAACAUGUCGGUUUCAAACCCGAGACAGACGUUCAUAAAGCCGGUGAUCCCCUUCGCGGGGACGAUCCUGGGCGGUUUGCUGCCUGGUGAGAUGGUUCUCAUUCAGGGCUCUGUACCAUCUGGCGCUGAUCGGUUCCAGGUGGAUUUCACAUGCGGCAGCAGCGUGAAGCCGAGGGCCGACGUGGUGUUUCACUUCAACCCAAGGUUCCUGAAGAAAUGUAUCGUCUGCAACACACUGCAGAAGGAGCGCUGGGGCCGGGAGGAGAUCCUGUAUCAGAUGCCAUUUUCAGUCGGAGCAGCGUUCGAGCUCAUCAUCCUCGUCCUGAAAGAUGAGUUUAAGGUGGCAGUAAAUGGGGGUCACGUGUUGGAGUACAAACACAGAAUGGAGCUGGGGCUCAUCGACACUCUGUGCAUUUCUGGAAAGAUCAAAAUCGAAGCUGUGGGCAUCCUCUCAAGUACUGGUGCAGUUUCUCCUUCAGCUAGUCCAAGCAGCCAGGACUCACAGAUGAAUCCAAUAAAGUCUUCUUCAGGUGACUUGAGCGUUCCCUUCAGAGGUGAGCUAGUUAAAGGGCUGAAAGUUGGACGCAGCAUCACCAUAAAAGGAGAAACCACACAGGACGCAGACAGUUUUGUUGUAAACCUGCGAGUGUCAGACGGCAGCGACAUCGCUCUUCAUCUAAACCCUCGUCUGAAGAAACGCGUCUUUGCCAGAAACUCCUUCCUGUCUGAGUGCUGGGGCCUCGAGGAGAGAGAGCUGGAGUCCUUCCCCUUCAUGGCCAAUCAGUACUUUGAGAUGAUCAUCCUGUGUGACUCUCACCAGUUCAAAGUCGCCGUUAACGGUCUCCACCAGCUCCUGUACAAACACCGAGUCCAGGACCUGAGCCGGAUCGUGCAGCUGGAGGUCCGAGGAGACGUCACGCUGCUCGAUGUUCAAAUCCUCUGAGCUCAGACACAAGACUGUCUGCACGAAUGCAACUAACACCAGGCUGCAGUGCUGUCCGUUAGUUAACAGCUUUGAUAUUAUUACAAGUUAUUAAUCAUGUUAUGAAGGGUUUUUUUUAAUGUAAUUGUGUUUAAAUGUUUAAUGUUAUGUUCAUCAUGUCUCAUUUUCACCACUUAAACUUUGUCUAAUGUUGAUGCUUGGUCUUUAUAAAACAAAGACGAUGUUUUAGCCAGACUAACAAAAACAUAUCGAACCGAUUACUCUUCUUCCCUUGGUGACUGUUUAAAGCUUUAUAUCAUCUGGUUAUCAGAGAACAAAGAGCAUCAUGGGAGAGACAAGAUCAGUAUUUAUCACAUUAAAUAAACUAAUGUGAACCUGACACAAACAUAUCCUGCUGAUCCGUGUUUAUACGCUGUUUGUCUGAGAACUGACGUAACAGUGCCUUUAUUUUACAUUAAAAACUGCUGUCCCUCA